AUGGCGGAUGAUAAGGUUGAUGAUCAAAUCGGGGAGGAAUUUUCUGAUCUGACGUACGCCGGAGCGACGGAGAUUGACGGCUUGAGAGAAGACGAAUCGAAGAUGCGAGAGAUGAUUGAAGGUUUGGAGAGAGAGUUCGAACGGUCUGAGAUGGCCAAGAAGGCAGUGGAAGCUAUGGCGGCGAGAAAGGCCGACCUCGAGGCCGAGGUUUUCAGGCUUAACCGUGAUUCAAUAUCUGUAAAGAGUGCUGCUGAGGAAUCUAGAACAGUGUGCGCUAAACUGAGGAGCUUUUUGGAAGAGAAAGGAUCAAUGGUGUUGAAUUUAGAGGGUGAAGCAAAAGGGUUAAAGCAAGCAAAAUUAGAAAUCGACAAAAAGGCGAAGGACUUAGAGAGAAAAAUUGGGAUUCUUGAGAUGAAGGAAAUUGAGGAAAAGAGCAAGAAAAUUAGGGUGUUGGAGCAGUUGAGAGAGGAAAUUGAGGAGAAAGAGGAGGACAUUCGUGGGUUUAGACACAGGCUUGAGGAGUUAGUUGCAAAGGGUUGUCUCCGAGAGGGGAUCAGUAUUGGAAGAAAAGCUAAAUCUGGAGGAGGCACUGAGAGAAUCAAAGGAGACAACAAGAAACAUGAAAUCAAAUAUUUUGAAGCUACAGGAGAAAGUUAA